AUGUUAUCUACAUCAGGAAAUAGUAUAAACUCUCAACAACAGCAGCAGAGCGGGAGAGCAGACUUGGAUUCUUCAUCUUCAUCAUCAGAGACAACGAGAAGCGAGAGGUUCUAUGGAAGUAGCGAUGAGGUCAAGUUCACAGUACCACUUCCAAAUGCACUGCUACAAUACCCAAUGGUGUCCAAAGUGUGGAGCGCAAUGAUUCCCAAAUUUCCAGACUCUAUCAAAGAUCGAAUACAUAUAUCAACACUGGUAUUCAGGGCCAAGCAAGAGCCCAUCCACUCGCCAUUCAUAGACGCCUCAAUGGAGUCAAUCAAGAUGGCAUCAUCUGUACAUAAUAACACAAACAAUAACGUCCAAGUGAUAUCAGAGGGCGAUUAUGAAAGAUAUAACAACCUGAUAUCACAAAGAAGAAUAAGGAUUAUUAUAUUGGUGGCUAUACUGAUGCAGGCAUGCAUGUCUGCAUUGAAUUAUAUCAAGUAUGGCAACUAUAUGUUCCGAAGAGAUGUUAUAAUGACUUCACAAUUGGUCGUCACUGUGAUCAGUGCCGCCAUCCUAUUCCGCUUCCCACUCACAUCAUCACGUGUGACAGUACUAUACCUCCAAUUCAUUCUACUUUGUAAUCCACUUCAACGUCUAGUAUGGGCGGAUACUUUCCCUCCAUAUGAACCAUCAUAUCAAAUCAUGCUUUGGAUCAACUUCUCGGUGCCCACGGCCAAGUUUUGGAGGGCAAGUGUGACUGGAUUGGUUGGCAUCAUGUCUGUGAUCAUCAUACGUAUACUUCAACAAUAUGACACAGUGUUUAGGAUACUCUGGCUACAAUUGGGAACAUACUUGCUGUAUCACAUCGUCGUUGGAUUUGGCUCACGUCUCUCUGAGGUGGUAAAUCGGGCACUUUAUGUCGAGUUGCUCUACCUCUCGCCACUCCAGCCAGCACACAAGACCUACGCCUGUGUCGAGAGAUAUUGUCGGGCGCGCAGUCAUUGGCUCACACAACGAUUCAAGGAUGCAGAGAUUGAGAAACGUUUCCUCGCAUUCUACGGACAGGAGUCGUUUGUUGAGGUGGGUCUAUUGCUGUCCACAGUCAUCUCCUCAGCCUACUACAUCUUCCAAGACAUGUAUUACAGCAAGUCUGGUAUGCUGGUAAUGUUCCUGGUACUGCGAUUCGUCCUUGUCAUCCCCGGCUUUGUGAUGCUGUUCUACCUAUCGAUUAUGCGCAAGACCAACCCGAUCAAAGCUGACCUGCUGUCGCUCAUUAUCUUCACACUGAUCAUUCUGGCGCAGUAUGCAAUGUUUGAUCAAGUAGUGUCGUGGGAGGGCAGUCUCUUCUACUUUGGCGCAAUGAUGCGUGUCCUCACACUGGCCUCCAAUCAACUGUUCCUCGUGCACACACUUUACAUCAUACCAAUCAGCUAUGCCAUCAUCCCGCUGUCCGUCGUGCUCUACGGCUCGCAGAACAACAACUACAUCUUCUUCUUUGUCGUACUCACUGUGGUCGUGAUCGUCUUCACGCUGAUACGAGAGAAGAACCAAAGACUACGCUUCCUUGUCCAACAAUAUGGUGCCGAGGCACUGGUCGACAAGGUGGCCAUGGCGAACAAGACCAGCAUCCAUGUUCAAAUGGAAAUGGAUGGUGCAGACAUACAACUUGUUGUCAGCAACUCAAAUGACAAUGGUGAUGGUGAUGCAGUGGGCAUCGAAUUAUCAAACAUGGAACGUGACAGACCCAGGUCUCAUCAUCAUCACUUGCACUCAAUUGCCAUUGAUCAUAUUGUAUCCAACAACAAUGACCAGUCGACAGCAAAUGAUGAAGGAUCAACAACUACCAACAUCCAAGGUCUAGGAGUAGUGUCCCCAGCCAAGAGUCCAAGACGCAACCUUCUAGACUAUUCACAAGAUUCAUUCAAUGUAUCACAACAGCAAUGA